CUCCCUCUCAGUCCUUUUUCCACCAGCAGGGAAAGAGGGGCGGCCGAACACCCUCUAGACACGCCAUAUAAUAAAAGUUACUGAACACUGGAGACCUGAUUUUCUAGCGUUGUUACUCUGUACUUCAGAAAGGUUGAACCCAGCGUGACAAAAAGUGUUCUAUUGUGCAAAGAGCAUUCGUCUGUGAUUAACAAUAAUAUUCUUUCCGUAAGAGUUAAAGUAGUAGUUACAGCUACAAUCACUUGUAACCACUAAGGAAAUUAAGACAAUUAGCAACGGUUCUGAAACAGUGGAUGUAAUCUGUGGUGACGCCGUGACGUAAGCAGUGCCACAGUAACCAUGACAACCGAUGACGCGGCGCCCUUGUCGGCCAAUCACACGGCAAGUUCCUCGUCGACCAAUGAGACUUUAGGAUCGUUCCGCUCCCUGAAGAUUUUAAAAUCUGAUCUUGCCAGUAUUUUUAACCAGGUUGAUGUGAGCACUGUCGGUAAGGUCUUGCUACUGACGGUGUUCGUCCUGUUGAUCUACGACCUACUUGUGUAUCUACUGGCGUCCAUUUCGAGCAGGAAGAGGCUGUUGGUGACGCCUUGGCUGACCCAGAUCCUAGCGAAUUCCUGGGACGACCUCAACCAGCGGGGAUCUUUCGCCAGGUCCCACGAUGCGAUUGGUCCCUUGUUGAAGUCCCUUGCCCACACCGCCGCCAAGUACGAGGGCAGGUGGGAGAAGAGCAGGUUGCUGUAGGACACUAUGUACAGUACAUCCUGGAGAACCGUCAGGAGCAGGAGGCUACAGAAUAUCUUUAUCAUUCGGAGAUCCUUUAUAGAACAUCACCCAUGACUCAUAUGAUUUCCCAUAACAGAAUGUUGUAGGACAUCAUCUAUAACCUACGAUUAGUAAUCUAUAAAACAUCACCUAUAACCCGGAGAAACGUGAUAUUCAGGAUGGUGUAAGCAUUAACCACAUGCAGCAAGUUACAGUAGAACGUCUUCGUACCCUGAACAACUGCUGCGGUGGUGUGGUCCUAAAACUCAGGACAACGCAACAACAACAGUAUAAAAUAUGGGUGGAAACACGAGGAUGUUUGAGCUGUGAGAGAGAAAAGGCCUCGUAGAACUUGUAGGAGUUCACGGGGUUGGGAAAGGCCUUACCGAUGUAUUGAUGUUUAUCCAAACUAAUGUUAUAUACAAUAUGUAAAUAUGAAGUUAUUAUUAUUGUAUACCACAUAAAUUUGCGUUAGUCUC